ACUGUAGUAAGACUGCACAACCGACAACGACGACUGCCACCCACUGCUGCUGAACCUCUUCAACUUGAGACAUCAGCAUGGCUCGCUUUGGCUUCGCUGCUGCCGUCAUGGUGUCGCUGGCAGCAGUGGCGCUGCUAUUGCUGGCGUGCGAGGCGAACGCCAGCGCUGUUGAGCGCCCAAAGGACGAAAAGGCGCUGAAGAAGCUCCUGCGGACCCGCAACAGCGUGCUCGUGCUUGCCGUCAACAAGAAAUCGGCCAAGAAGGACCUGCAGCGCGUCCUGGACGACGUUGCAGACGAGAUUGUGGGUGUGGGCACCGUCGCCAUUGUCGACUGCAGCACCUCCGAAGGCAAGAAGACGUGCCGCAAAAUGAAGAUGAAGCCAUCUCCGUUUGUCCUCAAGCACUACCUGAAAGGAUCGUUCAACAAGGACUACGACCGCAAACUUGCAAAGAAGUCCAUUCUUCGCUUCAUGCAGGAUCCAACGGGUGAUACGCCAUGGGACGAAGUGGAUGAAGCGCAGGAUGUGCUGCACCUCAACGACAAGACCUUUGCCAAGCAUCUCCAACGCAAAACAGACAUGCUUGUCAUGUUUUACGCCCCAUGGUGCGGCCACUGCAAAGCGCUCAAACCAAAGUACCAGGAGGCUGCAACCGAGCUCAAGCAGCUCGGGGUGAAGCGGCGGCUGGCGGCGCUGGAUGCAAACGCGCCCGAGGGACGGAUGACGGGCCCGCAGUACGGCGUGAAGGGAUUCCCAACCCUCCUCUACUUCGAGAACGGUGAGCUGCGUACGGCGUACGAGGGGAAGCGGGAGAAAGACGCCAUCGUCGCCUUUAUGCAAAACCCGGACAAGGCGCCUGCCGCCACUGCCCCUGAACCAGAGACGACAUGGGAGGACGAACCGUCCGAUGUGGUUCACAUCACGGGACAAAACGCGUUUAGCGAACGCCUUGCGCAGGAGGACAGCGCACUCGUCAUGUUUUACGCCCCAUGGUGCGGGCACUGCAAAGCGUUCAAGGGUCCGUUCACAGAGGCGGCGGCGGAGGUGAAAGCAAAAGGACACGGCACUCUCGUUGCUGUUGACUGCACCAAGCCCGAGAACAGGGAUGUGUGCGGCGAAUAUGACGUGAAGGGGUUCCCAACUGUCAAGCACUUUGUGAAGGGCAGUGUCAACAAGGACUACCCCAACGCACGCACGAAACAGGGCGUGCUCGACUUUAUGGCAGAUCCAAAUGCACCGCCACCGCCACCACCGCCCGCUGAAGUCCCGUGGAGCGAAACAGACACAGACGUGGUGCAUCUCACGGGACCCACAUUCGAGGCCGCAACAAAGAAGAAGAAGCACGCCCUCGUGUUCUUCUACGCACCGUGGUGCGGGCACUGCAAGCGCGCAAAGCCAGAGAUGGACAAGGCGGCAGCCACCCUCAAAGACAACAGAAAGGUAAUGUUUGCUGCUGUUGACUGCACGGCGCCAGAGAACGACGAUCUGUGCUCCGAGAACGACGUGAGCGGUUUCCCCACCAUCAAGUAUUUCAAGUUUGGCAAGGUUAAGGACGAGUACAAGGGUGCGCGCACGGCUGAGGGCUUUGUUGAGUACAUGCGUGAUCCAGACAACAGACCGCCGCCACCAGCACCGCCAAAGCCCUUCUCACAGGAGGCACCACAGGUGGAUCACUUGACGGCUGCGAGUUUCGAUGAUCACAUCAAAAGCCACGACCACACCCUCGUCUUCUUCUUCGCCCCAUGGUGCGGGCACUGCAAGAAGGCGAAGCCAGAGGUGGCGGCAGCAGCGGACAGGCUCGCCAGCAAGAACACGCUUUCGAUGGCGGCUGUUGACUGCACCGUUGAGACGCCGCUCUGCUCGCGGUUCUCCAUCCGCGGAUAUCCGACCAUCAAGCACUUCAAGCGCGGCGACACAGACGGCACAGACUACAGGGGCGGCCGGUCUGCGGAGAGCUUUGUCAACUUUCUCCAAAACGCAAACAAAGAGGAGCUGUGACAACAAACACACACACACGCGCGGGCGCGCGCAAGCAAGCAUGAUGGCCAUACUCCUCGUGCGUUUGUGUAAUCAUCGUUCAAUUCAUUUCAUUUCACAUUGCCAACAUCUGUUUCCCAAUCAACCCCUCAACCGACCAGAGAGUAACAAGCCAAUUACACCAAGCAAGCAAGCAAGCAGCACGCCACACACACAUACAUGUUAUCACACAACACACACACACACACACGCUAUCACAAUUCAACGUGUCAACAACUCAACAGCCACAACCACAUAAACAGACAAACGACAAUCACAAUGGCAACAUCGAGUGAAGCAACCACCCAAGCCGCAACCCCGACCCAAAUAAACAGCGCGCAC